AUGGCGCCCUGUAAAUCUGGCGAAGCUGGGAAGGUCUUGGUUUCCAUUCCGCCAUACAUGGGCUCCCUCAAUUUCGGAAAUAUACCGUACAGGUUGAGAGACGCUGCCGACACUUAUCAGCCAAGGGCUUUAGCCAAGAUAUUUAAAGCAGGUGCUGGGACGGCCAAGCUGAAUGGUGCAAGAUCGGACGGAGAUCGGAUUGAGAUCGCAAACAGAUCGGACUGA